AAUACAGGUUUAUCAUGGUUGGGCAUAUAACCAUGUACUUUGAAAGGUAAUCCACAAACCCAAGAUGGACUUGGUACUUGGAGUUCUAGUUGCAGUACUUUGUGCUUCCUUAACGGACGCAGAUUGCGGGCGUAAACCCGGGUUUGCCCGUGUCAUCAAUGGUCAGGACGCAACUCCCCAUGCUUGGCCCUGGCAGAUCUCAUUCCGACGAGGAGGACACAUAUGUGGGGCAUCGUUGAUCAGCGCAAAAUGGGCUAUCACAGCUGCACAUUGUGUUGGUAGUUCACCAAGCCAAUACACUGCUGUAGUAGGUGCACAUCGAAGGCUUGGUUCCACAAGUGUGCAACAAACUAUUCGCAUAGCAAAAAUUAUUACACAUCCAAAAUGGGACAGAAGAAGACUCAUAAAUGACAUCGCAUUGUUAGAACUUCAGACACCAGUGAAAAUGAGUGGCAAAGUUUCCCCUGUUUGCUUGACAGAUCAAAAACCUGCUGCAGGGAAAAAAUGCUACAUUACAGGCUGGGGUAGGACCGAGUCUGGAACUCCUGACAUCCUUCAACAGGCUAUGUUGCCCAUUGCAUCUCAUGAUAACUGUCGUAAAAAGUACGGAUCGAGUAUCGAUGCUAAUGCCCAUCUUUGUGCUGGAGAAGCUCGUUCAGGUGCUUCUGGUGGGUGUAAYGGUGAYAGYGGUGGACCGUUGGUGUGCGAGGAAGGAGGAAGAUGGUAUCUUCACGGUGCUGUAAGCUUUGGACUGAGAAACUGCCCGACUACGCAUUACACAGUGUUUGCUCGAGUAGCCAGUUACACCGACUGGAUCAAACAAAACACAGGAGUUGGACCUGGAGGCGGCGGACCACCACCACCUCCAACAGAUGGCCCACCACCGCCUCCCCCAACAGACGGACCACCACCGCCACCACCUCCAACAGGUGGACCACCACCACCUCCCCCAACAGAUGGACCACCACCGCCACCACCCCCAACGAAACCGCCUCCACCACCCCCAACGCAGCCACCAAGUUGUCAAGACAAGUGGUCAAGAUGUAAGUACUACAAGAAAUACUGUAGUAAAUACCCAAGUAUCAAAAAGAAUUGUCCAAAAACAUGCAACACAUGCGGCGGCGGUGGCGGCGGUGGCGGAGGAUGUAAAGACCAUUCUUCAAGAUGUCCGAAAUAUUCUCGGUAUUGCAAUCGUCCUUGGAUUCAACGUAGAUGCCCAAAGACAUGCAAGAAAUGCUAAAGUUAAUGCCAAAUAACCUCAAGAAAACUGGCAUAUAGGGGUUUAGAUAUUAACGAACAUUCAAAAAUACAACAAAAAAUAAUAAAAUUCAUUGAAAUGAAAUCAA